CUUUUUGCUCUGGAAGUAAAUAGUAAGCUUGUUCUUCAGCUUGGGCGUCGUGGGGUCCCAUUUUCCCUCCACGAACAGGGUGAAGGGAAACUCUUCGUCCAUCGCUGAGUGUGUACUGACGCCUGACUCUGAGCAGUGUACUCUGUCGCUGGUCGUUUUGCACGCCUGUUUUGCUUCUGACACAAAACCAGUCAUGGAAGAUGGCAAGGCAUUUAUUCUGUUGCAGCCAGAGGGGAUUGAGAUUCUGAAACGCAGUAGCUCUGCAUUUUGCCGUGGGCUAGAAGGAAAAUUUGGUUGUACCGCUCAGAUCCACAAUUUGGAGGAUCAUACAGCUUCAUCCUUUUCCCACAGCAAAGCAACCAUUGUGCCUGACAUUAAGUACAGCAAACAGCUGUCUAAGAGUCUGAAAGUAUCAGUGUGGAAAGAUGAUCUUACUACACAUAAGGUUGAUGCUGUGGUAAAUGCAGCAAAUGAGCAUUUAAAUCAUGGAGCAGGACUUGCUCUAGCUCUGAGUCGAGCUGGAGGUCGUAUGAUUCAGCAAUGGAGUGAUGAAAUCAUAAAACAAAAGGGUAAAGUUCACACAGGUGAAGCUGUUGCCACUCGAGCUGGAAAUCUCCCUUGUAAAAUGAUCAUACACGCCGUUGGACCCUGUGUAUCACUAAAGGCAACAAAGACAGAACUUAGGGAUGCAUCAGACCUUUUAGAGAAAACUAUUUGGAGUAUCUUGCGAAAAGCUAACUAUGAAAACAUGCAGUCUGUUGCAAUCCCUGCAAUUAGCUCAGGGCUUUACAAUUUUCCACUGCAAAAAUGUGCUGAAAUCAUUGUAGCUACAGUGAAGUCAUUCAGUGAUAAACGCAAUCCAGAAGCCGGGAACCUUGAAGUUCGUCUGGUGAAUAAUGAUGAUCCAUCAGUUCAACAGAUGCACAGAGCCUGCAGGGAAAUUCUGGGGCCAUCUGACCUAAUGCCAAUGCAAAACCAGGGCAAUGCACCAACCCAGUCUCCAGUCUCCAGUCUAGAUCUGGGGAAUGUGACUCUCCACCUCAAAAAGGGUGCCAUUGAGAAUGAGACAACAGAUGUCAUCGUGAACACGAUAGGACCCAACUUAGAUUUAUCAAAAGGACAGGUUUCAGCUGCUCUGCUGAAAAAAGCUGGCCGGAAGAUUCAGGAUGAAAUAAAACAUCUUAAACAUGGACAUGUUCACGAGGGUGACAUUAUUCCAACUUCUGGCUGUAAACUGAACUGUAAGGCAGUGUACCACACUGUCUGUGUGCCAAAAAGUACCACUGAUGAUAAGGCCAAUAAGAUUCUUCACUCGGUGGUCACAAAUUGCCUUACGAUGGCAAGAAAUAAAGGUUGGUCAUCUAUAUCUUUUCCUGCUCUCGGGACGGGCAACCUUGGCCUUGGAAAAGAUGAAGUUUCUCAAAUUAUGACCACUGCAGUAGUGGAAUUUUCUAAAUACUAUAAAGGCUCGAAAAUAAAAAUAUUUUUCGUAAUUUUUCCAAAGGAUACUGACACACUGAAGGCUUUUGAAAAGGAAAUAGCUUCCACUAACACAAGACUGCAAACCUUUCAAAUGUCCAGCAGCACCAAAAGUCAUGACAAUCUGGGCAUUAGAACAGCACCUUGCAUUGAGCUCUUUGCCCCCUCUCCAGAGGCGCUAAGAGAGGCCAAACGAUGGUCUUUUGAUAUGCUGGAUUUGCGUUCUGGCUGUCAGAAAAUAUACAAUAAUCACGUUCUGCACCUGAACCAAGAGGAUCAUGAAAAGCUGAUGUCCCUUCAGGUUUCAUUUAAUGUCAUCAUCUCAGAAUUCUUUCGCGAAGGCAAAGGAGGAAUUAUCAUCAAUGGUGAGCCUGUAGGGACCAGGUGUGCCGCAUUGGAGGUGGAAGCCAUGUUAUGUCAGGCCCAAGAAGACUUUGCUCAGAGUGAAGAGAAAUACAUGCAGGGCGAUUUGGAGCAUAUGUAUGUGGCAGACGAUUUUGGGCAAAGACAACAGAUAGAGAGGAUGUCAAACAGGUCAUAUCGGAAGACACCCAUAGACCUCAAUGACUGGGCAGUAAAAGAAAGACUGAGAAACUUUGCAAAAUGUGGCCUGAACAUUGUGAAGGUGGAAAAAAUUGAGAACUACGCUCUGCAGCAGCUCUUCAAGUUGAACAGCAAACGUAUACAACCUCCACCUCGGCGUCUGUACCAGUGUGUGAAAGCACAGUUCUGUGAUCUGAUCUGCAGAGUGGGCUUCCAGAGGGAAUACGCACCACCUAACGAACAAAAGUAUGGAGCUGGAAUAUACUUCACUACUGAAGUGGACAAAGCAAAAUCACUGUGGACGGACAAUGAAGAAGAGUAUAUCUACUUCAUUGAAGCUCAAGUGCUCACUGGUAAAGAGACACAAGGUUCAUCAGAAAUGAUUGUCCCUCCUCCAUUUGGAAAAGACCCUCUGGUUCGUUACGAUAGUGUGACCAAUGGGAGGGGCAUCCACAUCAUCUUCAAUGGCCAACAAGCCUAUCCUGAGUUCCUCUUCACAUGUAGCAAACAAGCCAACCAAACUUAUUUUUAGCUUUCUUUUAGCUAAACCCUGUAUUUUCCACUAAGGCAUUCUGUAUUUACAUUAAAAUAAGGUUUUACAUUACAUUCACUGAGCACCAACGCCUCAUUCAGAGUAAAUUAAAGAUGUCAAAAAUUAAACUUACAGCUUGCUAACUCUAACCAACAAAACUCUUAGCAUAUAGGCAGUAAAUAGAUUCAGUGAACUUAAAUUAGUUUUAUUGUACUGAUAAUGGUUUAGAUUAUACCUGAACUUUAUGGAAACACGGAUGUGAUUAAUAGUUUCAGGGCAAAAAAUACUGGAAGCUAAAUUACACUAUGACCUACACAAAAAAGUUUAAUUAGUCAGAAAACAGAAAAAGGACAUCUUGGUGUACAUUUUGAUACAUAUUGCCAGACCUUGCUGAUGGCAAAUCCUCUUUAGGAUACUCUGAGCUAUCAGCUUUUCUUUGUCCUUUUCUCUUCUUGUUUUGGGCCUGAUCAUAUACUGUAUUGUUUUGCUUUAGAGGCUUCUGCCUCUGCUUCAGUUUCAGGGAAAAUUCGCUAAGGGCUGACUUAUAAAUUCAUGUACUACAGUAAUAUGAAUGGUUUAUACACAUUGUAAUUAUAGUUGUUGAUUUGAAGAUAAGAAGAAAAAAGAUAUUUGAAGAUAAAAAUGAAGAUAUAGGAGCUUACUCAACAAAUACUCUGUGGCCUUUAUAAUGCUGUGAAUCUUCUAGCUGUGUGCUUACUUAUUCGUGAUUUUUUUUUUGUUUUAAUUCUCAUGGACUUUCCCUGAGUCUCAGUACCACAUUGUUGAAUGGCACAUGUCAGAAUGAUAGAAAAUGGGACAGGGGCUAAUGUAUAAAUGUAGGCACUACAUUAAUGAGAGAAUUUUAUAGAGCAACAACCUUUGCAGAUUUAUAUACUAUUUUUGAUUGCACUCUUUUGUGAAGCUAUAUUAUGUUUUAUUUUCAUUUUCAAUACUAAGAAUGAUGGGUUAUGAUUAGGUGAUGGCUUGAAAGUGUGUAGUGUUUUCUGGUCUGUCUUUUGAUUACAGCAAUAAAAUAUAACAUAUUCCAUA